UGUCAUUUAGCGAGCAAUUGCUUUGUUUUACUUGUGAACUCGGUGUCUGAUUGGAUACAAAUCGAAAGAAUUCAUUCUUUAUUGGUUUUUGUUUUUUUUGUCGUAAACUGCCAUAAUGGCUUCCUCAAAUGAGCCUGGAGAUAGAGAAAUAAACCAAGCUGCGAAGACAGCGAGAACGAUUCCUGCUUCGCCAUUCGAGCCAUACGUCAGGCCGGUGAACGGUGUUGUCCAGCCCCAUGUGAAGCCCCACCCAAGACAUGCCGGUCGUCAAACCAGCAUGUUAGAAAAGCUCAAGCUGGUCCUAAAGAUGCUGUUGCGUAGCGACUAUUCCGCGUACUUCCGACACCCGGUAGAUGCCAUUGCUCAGAACCUUCCAGACUACCACUCGAGAAUAUUUUAUCCCAUGGACCUGUCCACAAUCGAAGCGAGACUCAACAAUAACUACUACCGGGUGGUCAGCGAAGCGCUACAGGACUUUGAGCUAAUAUUCUUCAACUGUCUGCUGUACUAUCCGGCGAGGACUCCAGAGCGCAUUGCUAGAACAGCAUUGCGGAGCUUAUUAUACGCCAAGCUAGAGGCCAUUGAUGUAGAACUGAUGGACGCAGCACAGACUGGUGGGCCUAGCUCCCGGAAACGUAGCACGGAACUGACACGCCAGGGGCCGCCAAUCGAGGUGUCCAACUGCCAGAAACAAGAUCUAAUCGGCCAACAGCGUAGUCUCGAACACAUCGAUUAUCUGGUAGAGCGCUAUUUCUGUCAGCACUUCAUAGGGGUUAUGUGUAAGAAAAAGUUUGAAGAAUUCAACAGACCGUUUAAGAACGCCGGCGAAUGGAAACUAUGCUUAAAGGACAACUUCGAGAAUAUGGAAAAACUCGAUUGGCCAAUUUUAGAGAAGAAACUCAGGGCCAACCAGCUCUCAGGCAUAGACGACUUUUCCAAGACGGUGCGCAAAAUGUUUCAAAACGUGCGCGACCAUUUCCCCAACAGUCCCACUGCGAAGGAGUGCGUUGAAACGAUGGAGAGAAUUUUUGACACCCUGUUGCCGAAAUACAAAUUCCUGAUUGGCAAAUCGAGAAAAAGGUCCCGAAUCCUAUAUGUACAAACAUUAAAGAACUUGUCCAAGGGCGAAGAGUUGCCGAGCGAGUUGCUUAAGCAAUUGAUGACCGCCCCCGAACAGGAUGUGUCCAAUGCUGCUCCCGUCAUUCCAAGCACCCUGGACGAUGAGAUCAAUAUCAACGAAAUAAAUAAGACCGUGGAUACCAUAACCAUCAAGAUGGUAACUAGACUUAUAGAGGCUACUAAUAGCCGCCGUACCUAAUGGAAAGCCGAGCCAAAACCGACUUUUCUGGCUCGAAAUAAACACACAAUAAACUGCCUGCAACCGAUAUUCAGGAGCAAGCAAGUCAUUUGAGUAGCAUUUCUGAUUAUUCAUAAAAGGACAGAUAAUUAAAAAACGUGCUUACAUAGAGGAGCUCUCACUCCUUCAAUAGCUUCAAAUGCUUCACAUAUUUGU